AUGGAGAUCAGCUAUCUGGACAAGCAAGAGGGAUAUGAAAUGUGCCCCCAAAGAACUGGGAGGCAAGGUCGUGGUCUGGAGAGGGCAGCGGCCAUCAGGAGCACUCCACUCGACCGGUCCAUGCGCUCGAUCGAGCUUGCGGCUCCUCUUCUUCUUCCUCAAAGUGUGUGGCUCCUUGGCCUUGGUGGAGCUUGGCUUGCUCGAACUGCCGUAUGGGUUCCAGUUGCUCUGUGGGUAGUCCUGGUAAGGUGCCUGAUCGUACUCAAAUCCAGGGUUCUCGAAUUCUGA